AUGCCAGUUCCAAAGCCAAAUGUAUACUCUACUAAAAAUAUUGGAGGGAUUCCAAUAGUUUAAUCCUAUUUAAUGUCAAUAUUUGAUGGAACAGGAUCUAUGUGUUGUGAAUAUGAUAUUGCUGUUAAUGCUUAUAAUGAAGUCUUUUAUACUAUUAACAGAAGAGAAGAGUUUUAAAUGGCUUAUGAUGAUGUACAUAGCUUGUUACCCUACAAAGGAGCGGGUAGAGGUAAUAUUACAAAAACAUUUCAACAUGUUCUCAAUAAAUUGCUCAGUAAUAACAAUUAAUAUGGAAAAAACAUUACUAUAAUGUUUAUUAGUGAUGGAUAAGAAGAAUUUGAGAUUUAAUAACUUAGGGAAUUAGUUGAAAAAGUUAAGUUAGAGUUUAGGAUUCAAUUCAUAUGCGUUAAAGUAGGAAAUGAAUUUCCCACAACAAUUAGUAGUGAAUUAUGGAGUGAAUUACAUAACAUUGAUGAAUCAAAAGAGUUAAUUCAUUUAUAGAUUCCAAGACCCUCUGACUGCGACACAUUAAAAUAAUUAUUUAUAUAAGGAUUUAAAUAAAUUAGAGAUAAAUACCUCAAAUUCCCUAUUUCUGCAUUAAAAGCUGAUAAACCUGUCUAUUCAACUGCCACUUCUAAGCCACUUUUUGAAAUCGAAAUAGAAACAACAUUUAUGUGUUAUGCAGAUUGCGUUAAAUUGAAUGGUAAUGUGCUCUAUCCAACUAAUAAUCCAGAGGACAAAUAACACUUCUUGCUAAAAUCAGUUCAUAAGGUAUUACUAAACGGAGGAGAAUAAGAGGAUUUUAAAAUAGUAUAGUAAAUAGUUGAUAAUAUUUCUGAAAAACAUUCUAAAGAAUAUCUAUAAAAUGGCAAAAUUGAUGAUAUAAAGAAGAUAGUGAACGAAGGAGCUAAAGGAAAUUUAUAAUUUAAGAAAUUAACUGAGGAAGUGAAAUCAAUAUUUAUUUGUGGGGUUUACGAUUUUAAUGUUAAAUUAGUAAAUGUAUUUUAAGAUGUUAAAGAUAAGGAAAGAAAAAGAAUUUAAUCUGGUUUCAUAAGAUAGUUAAAUGAAAAAAUGAGUUAAUAUAUGUAGGAUUGA